AUGAAGGGAGGAAGAAAAGCUCUGAUUGUUCCCUCUGUCCCGGCUCAGCUCGAGGACCACUGUGCUGGGACUUUGUGUCCCCAGAAUGUGUCACUGCUGGUGCAAGCAUCAAGGGAUGUUUUCUCUGCCUGUGUGCCCAUCUGUGGGGUUGUGGGGCCACCAAGGAAGAUGCACAGUUCCAUCCCAGGCCUGGGCAGGGUGAUGGUGUUCCUCACAGCAGCCCUAGCAUCAGCCUCCUUUGCUAUCCGUGAAGACUGGGGAGAGGAAGGUGUGCAGUAUGGACAGCUGGAGACAGACGUGACCCUAUCAUGCCCUGGUGUCCAUGCCAGCUCACCAGUGCAGUGGAGACGAGCAGGUGCCACGGCACUGCCAGAGGGCUCAGCCAUCCAGCAGGGAUCCUUGGUGCUGCCAAGGGCCAGCCUGACCUUCAUGGGAACAUACAGCUGCCAUGGCGAGGACGGUGGCCUCCUGCACACUGUGUCCCUGCGUCUGGGACACCUGCCUGGAGUUCCCUUUGUGUCCUGCAGAGCAUCUGACUAUGAGAAUUUCUCUUGCUCCUGGACCUCCAGCGUGGAGACCUUCCUCCCCACCAGAUACAUCACCACAUACAGGAAGAAAUCCCUGACAGGUGAAGAAAAGCGGAGGAACAAGAACGGGCACAUGGGGCUGUGCCUGCAGGAUCCGUCCCGCCCCGGCACCUGCACUGUCCACAGGUCAGAGUUCUGGAGCUCCUACCGCCUGAACAUCACCGAGGUGAACCCCCUGGGCUUCAGCUACCGCCUUCUUGAUGUCACUAUGCAGGCCAUCAUUAAGCCAGACCCUCCAGAGGGCUUGGUGGUGGAACCCAUCCCCUUGGCCCCACGGCGACUCCAUGUGAGCUGGAAGUACCCUUCCUCCUGGCCAAAGGAACCCCACUUCCAGCUGAGGUUUCGGCUCCAGUACCGACCCGUCAUCCACCGUUCCUGGUCCGUGGUAGAGACGGUAAAUCUGUCUGAGGUUAUCACGGAUGCCUUCGCCGGGCUGGAGCACGUGGUCCAAGUCAGUGCCAAGGAUUUCCUGGAUGCGGGGAAUUGGAGCGAGUGGAGUGCUGAGGCCCGAGCAACACCAGUCAGAGACUUGGCCUCCACAGCAAGUGAAGAAACCACUACAGAUGCCAGACUGGAGAGCCUGGCUGAGGAGCCCUCCCAGGCUCCCAACCCUGAGCCCAUCAAUCGCAGUGACCCCUUGGAGAAGAUGGCUGUCCUGGUGUCCCUUGGGAUCUUUGCCUUCUUCAUCCUGGCUGCUGUUCUUGUCAUCAGCAUCCUCAUCUGGCUCCGGGUGAGGAAACAUGGCAAGGACAAGACCAAACCCAACUUUCUGGUUGCUGCCACCCACUUGAAGGCACUACCAAAAGCUCAGAUCCUGUAG